CUUUAUCUUCGGCUUUGAUGUCCGAAGAGACCAUUUUUUCUCACUCUUUUCUGCAGCACUUAACAAAUCUUAAGAGAAAGAGAGAAGCAAAUUUUCAGUGAGAGAAAGCUUGAAGGUACAGAGAAAGAGAUAGAUUAAGAGAGAGAGAGAGAUUUAAGGACAUUGGGAACUGCUAUGGAUUUUGAAGAAGCUUGAAGAAGAAGAACAGCAACAAAAACAAUUUCAGCUCAAACGAGAGAGAGGGAGAGAGAAGAGAGACAUACAUACAAGAAAGUUCCAAGGCCUUCAAUUGGGUCAUUAAGAUACUCUUCCAAGAACAGAAUUCCUCAGCGCCAAAGCUUUUGUGUUGUUAUAAUUCUAUUGCUCAGAUCACACCUCCCCAGCUCGUCACUGUACUUCUUACCUCGCUUUGCCUUGACUGCUAUGCAUUUGGUGGCUGUAGCUUUAAGCAUUAAUGGUCAUGGAAGUAGAAGACAGUAACAGGACUCCCGAUUAUAUAAAUUAGAUAAGAGGUGGCUUCAACUGCAUGUAUUGAAUGGCGAUCUGUUUAUGUUUAUUUGAGAUCAUUAUGCUAGAAAACCGCACGUGAUCAUCCAAGUUUCAAUGCGAAAAAACUGUAACAUUACUCUGAAAGAUUCUGUGGAAGGAUACCUGAGAAACAAUUCGACUGUGUCAUUAGGCAGAAACUUCGCACCACUGGCUUCAAGACCUGGUUUCUGCAGUGAUACCUUGGAUGGCCAACCACUGAAUACGAAUGGCUAUAUGUUUGGAGGGCAAAAUUUCCAAACAGAGCACUCUCCACAAGCAUUCUUGGGUGAAAAUACUGGCUAUGAUCCACAUUUCUUGAUGCUGAGAGGCUUGUCUGUCCUAAAAUCACAUCAAGAAUAUGCACCAGUAGACAGUCCAACCCUGACGACUAAUUCUGAGAGGUCUGAAAUUACCGAAGUGUCAACUGACUUCAACUUUCUUGGAGGAUCGCAGCAACUUGUGAGGGGUCAGCAACAAUUAGAUACUUCUCAACUUCAUUCAAUGCAGCAGUCUACAUACAAUGAUAUGCAGUUACUGCAGCAGCAGAUGAUGUUCAAGCAGGUGCAAGAUAUUCAUAGGCAGCAGCAACUACAGCAAUUUGAUGAUGCAAGGCAGCAGGGUUCUCAAAAUCAGAUCUCUGCUUUCACUAGACAGGCUCAAUAUCCGUCCUAUAUUAAUGGAACUUCUAUCCCCGAUUCGUCAGAAAUGUUCAUGAACAGGGCACAUCUAGGUGCAUCUUCUGCAGCGCAAGGAGUUUAUAACCAACUAAUGUUUUCUCACGAGAAAGGGCAAUCUUUUCAUUCACCAGUGUUGGUUCCCCAGCAGCUUGAUGAAUCUAAUUAUAGAACCCCUAUCUCCAGUGGGCGGGGUAGCAUGGGUCAAUAUUCUCAGAUACAGGGGAUUGAUCGUGAUUCUUGCAGUUUGUUGACAAAGGCUGGUGGUCAAUUCUUGAAGCCUACUAUGCAGCCUGUCUUCAGUAGCUCCUCUGUUGGUAAUUUAAAUACUGUUUCUGCAGGCCAUUUUGGCUUGCCCCAAAUGGGCAGAUCCAAACAAGGCUUUCAAGCAAAAAGUUUAUUUGACCAAAUUCCAAAUCAAGGUUUAGAUGCCGGAAUGAGAUCAGAUAUCAUCCCGCAAAGGACUUCCUUGCAAGCAAAUGGAUCGUUUGCUGAAUUUCAAGGUGGGCAAAGUGGAGCUGGUUGGCUUGGUUCAACGCAGCAAAAAGUCACUCAACUGGAUGCAUCUCAGUAUUUUGUUCCCUUGGAUCCGAUUGAACAAAAAAUUUUAUAUAAUAUGGAUCACAAUAUGUGGGAUACUUCUUUGGGAAAAUGUACAAAUGUCAGCAAUGGAGGUUUUGAAAAUAACCUAGUACAUUCAGAUUUCUCAGAUGCAUUUCCUUCUAUUCAGAGUGGGAGCUGGAGUGCUCUCAUGCAGUCAGCUGUAGCAGAGGCUUCUAGUAGUGAUACUGGGAUACAGGAGGAAUGGAGUGGAUUAACUUUUCAGAAUACUGAACUGUCAACUGAAAAUCAGCAUUCAAACAUAGUGGAUAGUAAAAAGGAGCAAUCGGCUUGGUAUGAGAACAGCUUGCACAGUGCAUCUUCUUUAAGUUCAAGGCCAUAUGCAAACUUCAACGAUUCUGGUAUGAGUUCUAGCUUUCCUGGGUUUCAGCAGUCAGGCAUCCAACCAUCUCUUGAGCAAACAGAGCAUCUUUGUCCAGAAGAUUCUCAUGAACUAAAUCAAAAUUCUUCUGAAAAAGUUGUUGGCUGGCUAGACAAUAAGAGUGCACAAAAGAGAAUUGGUGGCCAAUCUCAAAAUGUUCAACCACACGAGCAUUUAAACAAGAGCUUGGCAAGUCAGUUGUAUGAGCAACCUGAAUAUGACAGACCACCUCAGCAGAUAGCAACAUCUCAUGACAAUGUUGAUCAAUCACAUGGAAAACCACAAGGACGAGCCAAUGAAGUCUCACACAAUCAAAGGGAUUAUAGUGAUUUUAGGCACCUUGAAAAUAUGAAGCAUGUGAACACAUCCAUGAACAGCGAGGAGAACGACAUCAUGAGGAAGAAUAAUAGUCAGAUAAGUGAUGAUCCUACUGUUCUACAAAAUACUUUUGACAAAGCAGGUGACUCAUUUAUUGACAAGCUUCAGCAGAAAAGUAACUACCAUGACCAGUAUAUGUCGAAACAAUUAAGCUCUCAAGGGCAGGGACAUUUUCAACAGUCAUAUCUUUAUGAUGCUUCUUCCAAUGAUGUGAACUCGGGGAAGAGAAAUUUAAAACCUUCAGAUGGUACUCCAAGGGGCAAUCUGGAUGCCUCUACCAACUUCUUCAAAUCAACGGGCUCAAAUGGCCGAACUCCUUACAACCAAACAAGUGAAAAUGUGAAUGGCCAUCUUCAAAAUGUCGACCAGUCUAAGGAAAAUAGUGCCAUCUCCCAUUAUAGCCCUAUUGGUUCUAGUCCCUUAUCUAUGAUGGCUGAGGCAGAGUUUCCAAAUCCCUCUAUUUCUCAACAUCCCAAUCAGUCCCCAUCUCAAGGGUUUCCUAUGAGAUUGCUUCAUCCAUCUCAACUGCCAUUUUUAAAUAAGAUCUCUUCAUCUCAAGGUCUACUUCAGUUAUCAAGCACUCUGGAUACAAGACCGGUAAAUUCUGGCUUUGUAGAGAAAAAUCAAACUCCGUUAGCAUCCUCGUCUCCUAUUCAGUCUAUGCCUCCUUCACAAAAUGUGCAUUGGGAUGAAAAAUCGCAUUGUUUGGGGGAGGCAGAAGCUGCUACAUCAUUAUUCCUGCCCCCUCAUUUUGUAUCAGAUGAAAAUCAAGGGCAAUUUGCUUCUGGUGCACCUGCAGUACAUUUGUCUCCACACGCUUCAUUGUCAAGUGCUGCUUCUAGAUAUCGACAAUAUGGCCUGUCUUCCUCUCAAGAUACAUCUCGACCCACCAACAGCAAUAUAAGUGGAAAACAAUAUCUGGGUUUUGAGGCCCUGCCUAUCUCUCAGCCUUUGUCCACAUCAAGAUUAGGCCAACAGGGUGGAUUGUUGGCAAGACAGCAAAAUGUUUGGUUAAAUAACAUAUUCCAGCAAAAUAAUGCAUAUACAGAAGGUAACAAGAUUGGUUCAUUAAACAAUACUCUUGAGGCAACUUCACUGGUUCCACAGGGAAUCAAUGAUCAAACUUCCCAAAAAUGUGGACUCCAAUCACUGGACUCUGACAUGAUUCCUACAAAUUCACAGGAUUAUGACCAUAAGGAUGAGAUACCACAGCAGAGGACUAAAUCUGAUGUAUAUAAUAAUGGGGUGGCAAGGAAGAUAGCUCAUACAAAUGCUUUUUCCUCUGGCUUAUUAUCGGCCAAUCCACAUCAGCAAGAUUUUAAUAGUGUAGAAAUGGAGGGCAAAAAUUUAGCUGCCUGUGAAGGAGAUUUGGCAUAUGAUAACUUUUCUAAAUUGCCUCUCGUUGUUGGUCAACAAUACGCUCUACCAAAAGUUAACCUAAUGAAGAAUGUGGAGACUGAGCCAAAGGGAGUUCAAGAUGCUCAGCAGGUAAUAAUUAUGUCAAAAGAGACUUCAACAAGAGAAGAUGCAAAACAAGGUUUUGCAUCCGAGAUGAACUCAUUGCCAUCUGAAAAUAGAAAAAUGCUGAACCUGUUGGCAGGAGGAGCAAGAGAAGAUUAUAAUGUGAAAUCUUUGUCUGAGAAUCCACCAAAUGCAUGUUCAAUAGGUUUUACUUCAGAUGGCCAAAGUGAGGCUGUGAGUGAAUUUAAUAGAAAAAAUAUGGAAGGUAACAAUGAAGAAACUUCUCAGAUCAGUUCACUGUCUGCAUCUUCAUGGUUUAAGUUCAAAAAUGGGCAGCUGCACGCAAAACAUCCUGGUGGACACUUCUCUCUCUUGAACCCUUCAGAUAAUUUAUGCAAACAGUCAUCUCUGGGUGGAAUAGAUUCUGCAGAUGUUAAUCUGAGUGGUAAAGUUUGGUCAACUGCUGCUACAACCACGGUGGCAACUGACUUAACAGUCCCUUAUGGAUUGCCUUCUACUGUCACUGCUGAAACUGGGGUCAUUUUGAGACCUAAAAAGCGUAAACUUGACUCAUCUGAGCUUCAACCAUGGCAUCUAGAAGUCCAAGGUUCUCAAAGAAUUGUGAAUAUCAGAGUGGCAGAACAAGACUGGGCCCAAAACACAAACCGGCUGACAGAAAAAAUGGUAAAUGAAGUUGAGAUGAUUGAAGAUGUGAUGCUUCGAUCGAAGAGAAGGCUUAUUGUGACAACACAGCUGUUGCAGCAGUUAGUUUGUCCUGCACCAUCAUCUAUCCUCUCAGCAGAUGCCUCUUCCUUCUAUGAUAGCGUGAUAUACUUUAUCUUAAGAGCGUCAUUAGGGGAUACGUGCAGCCUGAUAUGUGGACAAACAAAUGAUUUUCAUGUUUCCACUCUUGAUAACAGAAAUGUAAUUUCCGAGGAUACUGUUAAAUGUACUGAUGAUAAGUACAUAGAGAAGACUGUGGAAAGAUUCUACGGGAGAGCUGGGAGACUGGAAAAUGACCUGCAAAGAUUGGACAGGACAGCUUCCAUUGUGGACUUGAUGGUUGAAUGUCAAGAUUUGGAACGAUUUUCUGUGAUUAAUCGUUUUGCAAAGUUUCACAUACGUCAAGCAGAACUCUCUGGAAAUGCUUCUUCAAAUGGAUUAGUUACAUUGGCACCAAAAUCAUGUCCCCAAAGAUAUGUCACUGUACACCCCAUUCCUAAUCAUCUUCCAGAGGGUGUACAAUGCCUUUCACUGUAGUAAUUAGUUAAUUGGUCUCUUCACAGCUAAUUCCCUAGUCAUCUACAUACAAACCAUAUCCUGCCCCUGCUUUUUGUCUAUGAUCUCUGGCAUUGACAUGAUGUAGCGUUGUAGAAGAAAGAGGAUACAACAAUAGAUUCAUAUCUUGGAAGCUUUGAUAAUUGGAGGCCUUUCGUUCUUUUCUCGAAUCGAGGCCAAACCACUGUUGUUUAUUUUGAUGAAGUACAUAGUGGUAUCAUGUAUCAUGUAAAUUUUCAUGAAUUUCCCAGGUGAAACAAGUUAUUCUGAAGCAAACUAUUCAGAGAGGAAUGAUGUUGGGUAUGGAUAUCGCAUCUCGUUUUGAUACAUAAAUUAGAGAAACUAGCCUGCCAAUUUAUAUUGGUAAGCCUAUUAGUCA